GUACACUGAACUGUAAAACAACAACCGCAGACCGAAAACAACAUUUGUAGAAAACGUAUUUAAAAUUUGUACAGAAAUGGCUUCUGUAGGCGAUGGUAAAGUGAGUUUAAGGAAAUUUGAGUAUCCAAUGUGUGCAGUUGAGGCACUAACUCGAUUAGAAACUCUCAUUGCCAGCCGUAACAAACAGAACUUGGCAAUGCAAAUCAUUUCGGAAUUCAUUUUUCUGGAACGUGCCAAGGAUGGAGAUGUUCGUAAAAUGCAAACAGUGGGGGGCAUCAGCCAAAUGAAUAUCUAUCAGGAGUUUCAAUUGAUUCUCGCACUCAUUGACUAUUUUUCAAGGCCUGGCCGGGAUGACACUCGUAAUGCGAUAUUUCUCUCUCUGUUUGGUAGUCACUUGACCCCACAGCGUUCUAGGCUCCUAUCCAGACUAAUUAGUACUGCGGUAUCGGGCUCGGUAGCCCCACUGCUCUCCUCGGCUGGCACAUGGAUGCAACAAGUUGGCUGCAAAACGCAGCCGAGCUUGGAGGUUGCUCAGAAUAUAGUGAGCGACUUCAUCUCGUUCUCGCGCAAAACUCCUGAGCAAUUGCGACAUCUGCCAUUGGUUGGUCCGCACUUUGCAGCCAAUUUUAUGGUAGCCGUGGCCGAUCUAUACCUAAAUGAGAAACGUGGCGGUGUUCUGACGCCACCACCAGAUGCACUUCUGGAUGUCAUUACAGAAUGGACGACAGAGAAUCCGCAGCUCUGUCAGGCACCACAACAGCCUCUUGUUCUGCCUCCGCAAUUUCGCUGGCUGGAGCCACUGCUGGGCCGCUUCGCACCUGGGUCGGUGGUCUCGGUGGCUGUGCUGCUCUUCAUUGUGCUCAGCUUUGCCAUCUGCCUGGAGCUGAAGGUGUCGUGGGCGCAGCUCUACUCCGGCACCUGGUGGGCUCUGCUCGUCUACGGUUUCAUCAUCUUUGCGGCCAGCGCCUGUGUCGCCGUCAUGGCCGUGCACAAUCAGAACACGCGCGGGUUGAACUUCAAGGUGCCGCUGGUGCCCUUCGUGCCGGCCCUGGGCAUCUUUAGCAAUAUUAUGCUGAUGGUCCAUCUGGAUGCGUUGACCUGGGUGCGCUUCUUUGUCUGGGUCACCAUAGGCAUGGUCGUCUACUUCCUGUACGGYAUUCGGCACAGCAAGGAGGGCGAAGCCUGUUCCACGUACUCCAUUCUGAUGACCUCAUCGGAGGCAGGCAAACUCAACUGGGGAUCCUUCAAGGCUUCCAAGAAUGUGGCCAAGCAUACGGUGCUCGAACGUUUCCUGGGUCGCCGAAAAGUGGACGAUAAGAAGCCCAUUGUUGACGAGGAAUGCGACGAUAAUGCAGAGAGUCCAAAUURAAUCAAUCGAUGA